AUGGCUGAACAUGCUUCUCUGACUGCUAGUCCUCAACCACCCAUCUUCCUUGGGAUGGGUUUUGGUGUUGAAGAAUGGGGAAAUACUGUAGCAAUUCAAUAUCCUCAAAGCCUUGUCAUUGUACUGACAUCUAGCCUAAACCCUAUUGAAAAACCCAACAAUCUCACAUUCAAGGAUCUGCGUUCAUUUGACGAAGAAACGUUCCCCGAAAAUCAUUUUAGUCACAUAUAUUUCAACUCUCACACGGCUACAUAUGAUAUCAAUGAAUGGCAAGCACUAAUUGGUAAGCUUGUACGAGUCUUGAAACCUGGGGGAAUUUGCGACUUUAAUUUGAUCAAUUUAAAGGAAUCUGGAGGAGGAACGAUCAUGUUAUUUGUCAAGGAAGUAAAAAAAAAAGCCAUUAAGAUCUGCUGGGAGCGUAACCAGAACCCAUGCGAUGGAGAAUUGGUAGUAGAUCUUCUCAAGAAUCAAGGGCUAAAGAUGGUUAAGACUAAUGCAUCGGUGGUUAAUAUCGGCCAACUUCCACCAUCUCAUGCUGAUGUGAUUAUUGACAAUUGGAUUGAAUUUGCAUUGGGCUUUCCAAACGUAAUCCGGGAAUUAGAGGAAAGGUUCCAAGACCAACCCGAUAUCGAUAUAUGUGACGAGCUAAGGACUUCGAUGAGGGAAUACAAUUUCAAUAGCUAUUCGUUUAGUGCAGCCUUUAUUAAAGAAAAAGGAUCUUGCUUCUUGAUAGAAUAA